AUGACUCUUUCUCAACCUACCUUUCACUCUCGACCCGUAAGCCCUCUCAUCAGGGAUCUUGUUGAGUCUGGCGUUGGCGAGGAGGAGGGAGGCGUGUCUCUCGCGACUGUUGAGUUUGAUUCUUCGGAUAUCAUGUCAGGAAGCCCCAACUUGGCCAUGACUUACAUGAUCACCAGCAUUCCUACGCUCUUAAGUUUCGAUGGCGGGGAGGCACAAACAACAACCAAGCUAUCGGAUGCCAGAAAGCUCGCGGACAGAGAAUUUCUGAAGGAAUGGAUCCGAACUGAAGCCAGAAGACAUGGUGGCCGUGGAGGAGGAGGUGGUGGUGGUUCGUCUAUCUUUGGAGGUCUGUUUGGCAAAUAG